AUGGAAGAUCAGAUCAAGCAAGCAGUAGAGAUUGCAAUCAGUGGGACUUCUGAUUAUAAUUUGAAGCAACAAGCCAUCACUUUCUUAAACGAUCUAAAAGCUUCAGCUGAUGGGUGGCAAGCAUUUUCAUUACUAUUGAAAGAUAUAUCAUACCCUGACCGAGCUAGAUUCAUUGCAUUACAGGCUUUAAAUGAUUACAUUCCAAAUCUAUCUCAAGAGCAAAAUCAAUAUAUAAGGUCAACUUUGUUAACUUAUUUACAAUCAUUAAUUUCAAAUAAUAAGGAUGAUUCUCCAUUUCUAAAAAACAAGUUGGCAGAGUCAUUUGCAUCACUUUUCUGCUCAACCUAUUUGGCUAGUUGGCCUUCAUUCUUCAAAGAUUUCCAUAAUUUAAUUUCAAAUGAAAAUGAAAUCGCCAUCGACCAAUACUUGAGAAUAUUGUUGGGUAUUCAUUCAGAAAUUGGUGAUCAAUUGAUUGUUAGAGAUAGACCUUUAGUAGAGAGAAACAAUGCUUUGAAAGAUUCCAUCAGAGUUAAUGAUAUGGAGGAUUUAACUAAAGUUUGGAAACGUUUACUAGCUGAUUUCAAAUCAAGUCAAUCAAGUUUAUCUCAAAAAAUCUUGACACAAGCAUUGCAAGUUGUCGGAGGUUGGGUUUCAUGGAUUGAAAUUGGCUUAAUUGUGGAACCUGAUUACAUUAAUUUGAUAUUGGAAUUCUUAUCAAAUGAUUCACAAAAGGCAACUUGUUGUGAAACUUUAGUGGAGAUUAUUAGUAAAAAAAUGAAACCAGAAGGUAAAUUACAACUGUUGUCUUUAUUGAAUUUGACAAAUGUUGUCAGUUCAUUAUCAUUAGAUGGAAGUGAUGUCGAGUUUGUUGAACAUGUGGCAAAGUUAUAUAAUGCUAUUGGGUUAGAAUUGACAUUCAUUUUAGAUUCCCAAGAAGCUUCUGCAGAUAUCAAAUCUUCUGCAGAUCAACAAAUUAUCAAUUUAUUCCCAUUUGUUUUGAGUUUCUUGGAAAAUCCUUAUGAUGAUGUCUCUGCACAUGUUUUUUCAUUUAUUUCAAGUUAUUUAGCCGCAUUGAAAAAAAUCAUUAAACAAAGUAAUGGUAACAUUGAUUCUACUCAUUUAGGUUUAUUAGGUACAUUAUUACAAAAAGUUAUAUUGAAAAUGAAAUAUGAUGCAGAAGAUGAUGGUGAUGAUGAAGAUGAUAUUUCUGAUUUCAAUGAAUUUAGAUCCAAACUUAAAGUUUUCCAAGACACAAUUGCAAUCAUUAAACCAGAUUUAUUCGUUGAACAAAUAACUAAUGUUAUUGAGCAAUCAAUUUUUGCAAAUUCUAAUCAAGAUUGGAGAACAGUGGAAUUAGGUCUUUUUGAAUUAACAAAUUUCUCAGAUGCUAUUAGAAACAAUGUCUUGAAUCUACCAAAAUAUUCAAUCCAAGAAUCAAAGCCAUACAUGAUUUUCCAAGAAUUCCUUGUUAGAACCAUCAACUCAAAUGUUGUUUCUAUUAAUCAUCCAUUAAUUCAACUCAACUUUUUUGAACUAAUUGUCCGUCAUUAUUCAUUCUUCAACACAUCUGCAAACAAAGAUGCUUUAACCAAUCAUAUUUUGGAACUAUUUAUUUCCGUUGGCCUUUAUAAUCCAAAUGAAAAAGUCCAAAUUAGAUGUUGGUAUUUAUUCUUUAGAUUUGUUAAACUGACAAAACCUAUCUUAAAUGAUGAAAUCAUUAUUCGUUUGAUUACCAGUUUGGCUGAAAAAUUAUUAGUCAUUAAAGCUGAAUUACCUCAAAAGGAUGAAAAUUCAGAAUUGGUUGAAUCUUCUUCAACUUUUGAUAAUCAAUUAUAUUUGUUUGAAACUUUAGGGUUGUUAAUCUCAUUAGUUGAUAAUGCAAAAAUUGAACUAAAAAUCAAAUUAUUAGACAUCUUAUUGAAUCCAAUUUUUGCUGAUUUGGAAAAAGCUGUUUCAGAUGUUCAUAGAAAUCAAAUUGUUAUUUUACAAGCUCAUCAUUCAUUAAUGGCUAUUGGUACAAUUGCAAGAGGAUUUGAAUAUGACUCUUCCCCUAAUAAAAAAUAUUCCCCAGAAGUUGUUCAAAGAUUUAAUAACACUGCAGAAGUGGUGUUAGUUACAUUGGAAAACUUAAACAGUUUUGAAUUGAUUAGAGACGCUGCUAGAUUUUCUUUUGCCAGAUUUAUUCCAAUUUUGAAGAAUGAUAUUAGCAGUCAUUUAUCACGUUUAAUCUCUAUAUUGUUGAGUUCAAACAACUUGAAGAUUAGUGAGAUGACUGAUUUCUUGGGAUUCAUCGGCCAAAUCAUCCAUAAUUUCAACAAAGCUGAUUUGAUUUAUAAUUUGUUGAAUGAUUUAUUCACUCCAUUAUCAACAAAGACAUUUGCUAUAUUGAAUGAUAAAGGUGAAAAUGAUGUUUAUGAAAUGAUGCCAGAUGUUGUUAGAGAAAAGUCGUCAUUGAAAAAAGCUUACAGUACUUUAUUGAUUAGUUUAACACAAAAUAACAUUUCAAGUUUGUUAGUUACAGAGACUAAUAAAUCCAAUUUACCAUUGAUCUUACAACAUUUGUUGGUUGAUGCUAAUGAUUUAAGUGACUUACAAGUCUCAAAACUGUCUUUAAGUGCUUUAUCUCUUGUUGCAAACAUUUUCGGUAAUGAUACUGUUAAUGAUCCAAAAGACAAAUAUAAUACUGGUAUGUCAAUUGAUGGUAUUUCAUCUUUCUUAUUAGAAAAUUUAGUUAAAUCAAGUUUCCAAAUUCCUUUCCAGAAUGAGAAAUUUGAUAUUAAAGAUGCUCAAUAUAGAUUUAUCGCUGAUGAAAUUGCAAAUAUUCUAAAAGUUUUAUUUACAAUCAAGAACCAAGAACUUGUUACAUAUUUGAGAGAAGUUUAUUUCCCGCAAAUUCAGUUACCUACCAAUGUUGGUGAUGAUUUAGUUCAAAACUUGAUCAAUUUAAAUACUAAGGACUUUAAAAAGUAUUUUGUCAAUUUUGUUCUUCAAUUGAAAUCAUGA